CAGACUAUUGUUCCUGCCUUGUGUUGAGUCUGGCACUGAUGUGUGAAAUCUCCCUCCACCUUCCCCCUCCCCCCUCCCCACACACACAGCCCAAGGAGACUGGGGCUUAGCAGUAACCCUGAGCUGCUGAAGAUUCUUUGUAACACAGAGCAGUUUGCAUCACAGUCAGCCAGGGUCUGCAUCACAGUUGGCCUCAGUGGGACCAGAGACUGCUGUUUCAUAGUUGUCUGUGGGUACUGUGAGACUGAGAAGAUAUGUUACUGGUUUACAGAUGAAGAAUAAAUAUAAGUGUACUUGAACCAUGAGUGAGGUGUGCCUGUACAAGCUUGUAGCACUGCAAAAAAACAAGGAAUCUUCGAGAACCGACGAGUCUGGCGACUGAAGAGAGGCAAUCAUUAGAAGAUUCCACACCUUUUCACGGACCAAUUGGCAUCCCCGUGACCGUAGCAAUCGGAUUCUUGUCGCCACUAAACCAAUUACAACCGCGAAGAGACAUCGGCCAGGCGUGAAUCAUUACCAGAGAGUGAUCCUGUGCGAAUCGGUCCAUCCUCUUCCCUGUCUCUCCGAUGGAAUUAACCGUACUGAGUUCCACACCAACGCAACGGCAGCGAUGGAUGAUAAUGUAAGAAGGUGGCGACCUUUGACGACAGAUUCUCUAUUCAUGGAAAGCCCUGUCUAUUUAUAUUGUGUGUGCUAUUCUCACUGGUCUCCCAUGUGUAAAGUGAUGCUGUACUUGAUGCGUUGCAUGUCUGUCAGCUUAUGAUAUCCUCCAAUCAGGUUGAUUUCGUCCCAUUGCCUGAGAUGUUAGGUCACAAGAACUCUGCUAGGAGGACUGCGUUUUAUGCUGUCUUCCUAGUUCUGGCCACGCUCUACGUCUACUCCAAAUUGAUGCCUUGCCCGAAACUUCAGAUGGUGCCCCGAGAGCCCCAACAGUAUCUGUACGACCAGGAGAGCAAUACCACGAUACCGUAUGACAAAAACAUGCCACUCAUAUUUAUAGGUGGAAUGCCGCGAAGUGGAACGACACUUAUGAGGGUGCUUCUGGACACACACCCUGAGGUGCGCUGUGGAGAAGAGACUCGAGUCAUCCCUCGAAUCCUAGGCAUGAGGACCCAGUGGGAACGAGCUCCCACGGAAAAACGGCGUCUACGCGAGGCUGGCAUCACUGACGACGUCCUCGACGCAGCUGUCACUUCCUUUAUUCUGGAAAUCAUUGCAAAGCAUGGCGACGCUGCCCCAAGGCUGUGCAACAAGGACCCGUUCACCCUAAAAUCUAGUUUAUAUCUGAGUCGCCUUUUCCCCCAGUCAAAGUACAUUCUGAUGGUUCGUGAUGGACGAGCCGUAGUGCAUUCCAUUAUCACUAGAAAAGUGACCAUCACCGGGUUUGAUCUGAAGGACUAUCGCAGUUGCAUGAAAAAGUGGAACACGGCGAUGGAAGUGAUGUACGCACAGUGUAUCCGCAUUGGAGGUAGCAGAUGUAUGCCUGUCUACUACGAACAGUUAGUGUUGCACCCGGAGUUAUGGCUCAAGCGGAUUUUAGAGUUCUUGGGUCUACCCUGGGAUGACAAGCUUCUGCACCACGAGGACUAUGUGGGAAAGCCGGGAGGCAUAUCUUUGUCAAAAGUUGAGAAAUCCACUGACCAGGUCAUCAAGCCGAUCAAUGUGGAGGCGUUGACGAAAUGGGCUGAGGAGAUUCCAGACGACGUCCGAAAAGACAUGCCUUUUGUGGCUCCUAUGCUGUCCCAUCUGGGCUACGACCCAGACGCCUAUCCUCCCAACUACGGCCAGCCAGACACUAAAGUGGCAGACAACACCUUACAUAUACAACAAAAUAAAGACUACUGGCGAAAACGGGAAAUGUCCAUAGCUAAGCAGAAAGAUUUUAAAAUGAGAAGUUUUAAGGAGGAAUUAGAUGAAAUGAAGAAGCCGAAUGCUGGUCCAGUUGACAUACUACCGAAACACGAAGGUUCCUAGCAUACAGCCAAUGGCAGGAGAAGAAAUCAGAUAGUCCGACUAUUUAUUUUUAGAAUGUGAGGUGAAAUUGGGUGUUCAUUUGGGCACACUGUGACAGCCUUUGAUGGCUUCAUCUUACCUGUGAUGUGGUACAAAUGAUGGGACUCAUCUUCAGGAAACUAAAAACUAGUCAGCUUUAGCAUUUCGUUCAUUUCAUUAAAAAUUGCGAUGGGGAAGGAAUUGUCCAAACACUUUAAAGGAACAGAGAAAGAUUUAUCGUUUAAAAGCACUCUAAUUCUGGAAAUUCAUGUUAAUUUGUUGUUCAGUCGCUAGAAUAUACAUAACUGUGCUUUAACUCAGUCUUUA